GGGACCGUGUGUCUCCCGCCAGGGAUGCGGUCCCAGGAAGCUGAAACAGAGCACAGCGUGCCUUGGUCCAGGUGUGCCAAGAGCAGGCGGAGCCUUGAGGGAAAAGCUAUCAGCUCCCUCAGGUCAGUUCCUCAGGUCAUACCACUUCGAAUCCCUCUUCCAGGGAAGGCUAAACAUGAAAUAGACACAAAUACUCUCAUAGAAAUAAAAUCAGAUACACCUGAAGUCUCUAUUUAUUACACUUUAGAUGGAAGUAAACCAGAACUCAUUAGGAAACCUGGCUAUGGAGAGUGUAACACUUUUAAGUAUAAGGGUCCUAUCAUAUUACCAGUUGGGAAAAUAGUGGUCAAAGCACUAGCAGUUACAAAGGACUGCAGGAAGAGUACAGUCGUAACAAAGGUGUUUCUGGUAGAGUACAAGCAACCAAACAUCCUUUUUUCUGUUGAAGAUGAUGACAAGAAUUUUCUAAAAGAUAUAGCCGCACGGAAUAAGGAAGGUGGAAUGUUUACUACAAAAUCAAGGAAGAAUGGACUGAAUGUGGAAAUCAAGCCUGCCUGGGGUGAAACACCCCAAGACUUUCAAGAAAGAAAGACUUCUCAUAGAUCCCUGCAGGGACCACAGCUCCUUGCCAGUCAUUUGGGAACAACAGAGUACAGAGAAGAAUCUGUCUCAGCACCACCAGCAGAAUCAUUACAGUUUGCAAGUUCUUCUGCAGUGACAAACCAGAAAAGCUUAGCAAGCACACAAGUGUCAAGGAUCCAGAGGGAAACAGAUUUCCUUAAAUGUGCACGCUGUUCUGCACCUCACCUGUCUAAUCCGUUGGCUCACUUCUGUCAGAAAUGUGGAUCUCCUGUCUCACCUGUGCCACUACAUCGUUUCCCACUCCCUGAAGGAAGACAGAUGGCACCAUGUCUUGAAUGCAGACAUCCUGUGCCAAUGAACACACCCACUUGGAUUGUAUGUGAGUCACCAAUAGCUCCACAGGUGCAGCCCCAAAACAACACCUGCAUAAAGGGUAAAGUAAUUUGUCAGGUGUGUGGCACAAGAAAUCCUCUUCACCAUAAACACUGUGCAACUUGUGAAAGCAAACUGCCUGAAGUACAGACGGCUAAACAAUUACAAGCUCAAUUUGCUUGGCAACCUCAUUCUGUUUCCAUGACCAAAUCAAGGCCAGAACUAAUAGAAAGAGAAGAUAAAGGAACCCAAACCAUAGGACUUUUUUACCCGUCUAGCAAACAGUUGGAAAAGAAGGAGCUUGAGCUGAUUUCACAAAAAGAAAAGCUGGAAAAGAUGAGUGAUCAUAAGCCUCUCCUGACAGCCAUUAGUCCUGGAAAAGGUUACUGGAGAAAACAGCUGGAUCAUGUCUGUGCUCACCUUAGAAGCUAUGCUCAGAACAACCUUGAAUUCAGAGCACUGAUUGGAGAACCUCGAAUGGGAAAGAUUAAUUCUGCUACCAUCUCUGAGGAUGACUAUGAAGUCACUAUUACACUGAAUUAUGUUCUUGCUAUUAACAAGGAUAUUCAUACUAAUAAACCAGUGAAGUUCAGCAGUCAUUACCUGAAUACUGUAACAGAAGUCAGAGAUGGACAGGAUAGGAAUCAGACCAGUUUUGGCAAAGAUGAUUGUAAUCUUUUCCAUUCAAGAGGCAAAAUAAAGAGAACAAAGUCAAGAACACUUACAGGACAAGAAGAUAAGCUCUCUCCAGAAUCCAGACAACUACUGGAUGAACUGGGUCCAAAUGGAAAAGGAAGAAUCACCUUUAUAGAACAAUUGCUCAGUGAAGGAGCUGACCCAAACUGCAUCAGUGACGAGGAUCAACCUGCUCUCACAGUUGCUGUCCUUAACAAGCACACAGAAGCAAUCUCCCUCCUUGUGCAGAAAGGUGCCGACAUAGACCAGCAGUCAGGACUGCACAACAACACAGCUCUCCAUGAGGCAGUUCUGCUUGGAUUGGAGGGACAGGAGAGCAUCCGAGUCCUGUUACGCUGCAAUGCAAACACACAAAAGAAGAACGCAGAAGGGCAAUCAGCAUAUGAUUUGGCUGUUACAACUGGAAAUAAUGAGGUUAUUUCAUUGUUCCAAGUACGGUUGGACAGAGAACAUUGAACAAACUUAUGAAACUCAGGAGCAUUGGUGUCGUCAACGUGUUACUACAACCUUUUUCCCAAAAUAGAGCUGGAGGUUCC